AUGGCGGAGGGGGAGACAGAGAGGGAAUAUGACAUACGAAAAGCUGUGGAGGGGCUCCGAGAACGGUUCCAGGGUUUGACCACCACGCUGAAACAAAGUCCGGAGUCGCCGUCGGAAGCCUCUUUGCAUUUCUGCCAGGAGUUUUGCCAGGUCCUUGUGGAACAUGUGGGACGUUGGAAAACUGAUGAGUACCCACUGCCUUUGCUGGAGGUGUACACUGUGGCCAUACUGAGUUUUGCUGAGGCCACCUCCUGUCUCUCCUCCGAAUGUGAAAACGUGCCACUCCUACUUGAAAAGUUAGCACUGAGCUGUGUGGAGCUGUUGCUCUUACUGCCCCAGCAUGUCCCUGGUGCCUUAUGGGAGGAGUUCCAGUCCUCCAUGAAGUUGGCACACAGCCUUUUGCAAGAGAGUGGGAACACACAGCUUCGUAUGCUCUCAGUUUUGGCGCAACAGGAUGGCGCGUGGUCCAACCCCAUUCUGAGCAGCAUCCUAUCCAAUGAAAUGCCUCAAGCUGAGAGAAUUAAUGAAUUUUUGGAAUUGGAAGGUCCCACACUCCUAAACAUGCGAGUAAAGCACCUCAUUAAAAUGGACAGUAUCGAAAAAGCCGCUGUCCUUGCCAAGGUGUGCUCAGAGUAUCAAGGAUAUGAAGGAAAAGGGAACUUCAAACAAACCUACUUUGUUUGCAUCUGUAUGACAAAAACUCAAGAGCAGCUGAUGGAAGAGAUUACAUCAGUAGACUGUAAAGAUGCCCUCGAGAUGAUCUGUAACCUGGAAUCGGAGGGAGAUGAGAAAGGAGCCCUGUGUUUAUGCUCUGCUUUCCUCAAACGACAGAUUCUCCAAGGAGAUGUUUAUUGUGCCUGGGAGCUCACACUGUUUUGGAGUAAGCUGCUGAUGCGUCUGGAGUCAUCUGCUGAUGCAUUUCUCAGCCAGAGCAAAAAAAUGGCUCUUCUUUGCAGCAGUGUCUGUCACAUUCUCUUCCUUAUCAAAGUAAUCCAAAAUGAGGUUGGAGAGGUGGGGCUUCCAGUUUGUGUUGAGAUGUGCAUUCAGGCACUGAAAAUGACCUCCAAUGACCAUAAGGACACCAAGUCAACCAUCUGCAAAACUAUUUACUGCCUCUUACCAUCUGAUCUUGAGGUUAAGCGUGCAUGUCACCUGACUGAAUUCCUCCUUCAGCCCACUGUUGACUCUUACUAUGCUGUAGAGUCACUUUACAAUGAACCCGACCAAAAGCCUGAGGAAGAAGGGAGUCUCCCAGUGCCCAAUUCUUUACGGUGCGAGUUACUGCUGGCCUUGAAGACACAGUGGCCUUUUGAUCCUGAGUUCUGGGACUGGAGAACGCUGAAGCGCAACUGCUUGGCAUUAAUGGGCGAGGAGGCAGCCAUAGUGUCAUCUAUUGACACUCUCAAUGACACAGAUGAACAGGAGGAGGAAAGCUCUGUUGGCAAGGCUCCUGAGUACCGGGACCUCGAGGACUUUCUGUUAAACACAACGAAUGAGCUGAAUGAAAUCACAGAUGAAAGGGAGAAAAACAGAGAGGCCAAAAAACUGAGAGAGCAAGGGUUUGUGUCUGCUCGAUUCAGAAACUGGCGAGCUUACAUGCAGUAUUGUGUUUUGUGUGACAAAGAGUUUUUAGGUCACAGAAUUGUUCGCCACGCCCAGAAGCAUUUUAAAGAUGGGAUGUAUUUAUGUCCAAUUUGUGCCGAUAGUUUUGAAAGUAGGGAAAUUUUAGAGCCACAUGUAGCAUCCCAUGUAAAGCAAUCGUGCAAAGAGAGACUAGCUGCAAUGAAGGCUGCUAGGAAGGUGAGCAAACCACUUCAGUCCCCUAAAAGUCCAUCUAAAAAUGUAAAGGUUGUUUCCAAGACAAACAUCAGUCCAGUAAAAAUUGAUUCCUCAAUUGGCAACCAUACCAGUUCUGAUACACCAGUAAGUACUAAUCCUCUUAAGCAAGCUUCAACUGAGACACAGAUAAGCCAAGAUUGUUUCUGUCCAGUUCAAAAUUGUUCAAAAGCGUUCAAGUUUUUCCGUAAUCUCAUGGCUCAUGUCAGAUGCCAUAAGGAUGAUGAAGAGGCAACACGUUUUCUGGAGAUACAAAAGCAAAAAGUAGUGUGCCAGUACUGCAGACGGCAGUUUGUGAAUGUCAAACAUCUGAAUGAUCAUUUGCAAAUGCACUGUGGCACCAAACCUUACAUCUGCAUACAACUAGAUUGCAAGGCCAAUUUUAACUCAAAUUCAGAACUCCUCAUGCACCGAAAAACACAUUCAGAAUUCAAAGCACAGUGCAUGUUCCCCAAUUGUGGCAAAGUUUUCAGUGAGGCUUACCUGUUAUAUGAUCAUGAAGCUCAGCAUUAUCUCACAUACACCUGCCAAAUGGAUAACUGUGGAAAGAUUUUUUACUCACAGUCUGAAUAUAUGUCUCACCAGGAGAAUCAUGGUGCAAAUGACAUCGUCAGCAAUGUCCCCCCAACAAAUGAGAACCCUCUGGAUCCCUCAAAAUUUGAGUCCUUAACCCAGAGUAGCCCUAAAAAAGAAGAUAAAUGUUCAGCUUUUGUUCGCCUUGAACGAAUUGAUACAGAGGCAUAUAUGAAAGAUGGCUCGAAGGAAAGCACAUCACCAUCCAUGUCACCAUCAGUUACAAAGGAUCCUGGUCCUGUAAGAGUGAAACACUCAGUUGAAAGCAUGCUGAAUUUAGCUGCAUAUUCUGGAACAAAACCAGAUGAAUGCUAUACUCCACUAACAAAUGCACCUCCAGUACCAGAAGUUAUGAAACUAGCACUUGAUGUCCCACAGCAGCACCACAACAUUUCUCCACAAGGUGAGAAUCUUCCUAUGUACUUGAUACCUUGUGCAGAAAGUCCUGUGGCUGAUCAGCUGACAGAGGGACCUAAUAAUGGAGAUGCUCAAGUGUCCCAGAAAGCGGUACCAGAAAUUAUUUCACCAGCUCAGAUAAAGACGGAAAACCCUUGUUCAUUUCAAGGGUAUCCUCAAACCACACCCACUGUAACUGGCAAUGAGGAGAACAUGCAUUGCUGCCCAUUCAAGGACUGUUCACGUGCAUACAGCACAAACAAAAGUCUCUCCAGGCAUGUAAAGAAGCAACAUCCAGAAAUAUUUGAAGACUGGAAACUGGCCAAAAAAUUCAACAAAGUGACUAAAAUUACAGCAAAGAAAAUGUCAACUAUGGGGAAAGCUUUGCCUAGUGAGACACAGAACCAAAGGGACAGGCCAACAAAUCAGCUCUCACCGCUAUGCAACAAAACUGGGAUGGAGCAGAUGGAUUACCCAGUUGGAUGCUCAAGCUCACCUGCCCCAUGUUAUCCUGGCCCUAUGGAUCCAGUGCCUAUCACUCCAAUGGUGAAUCCCACCCUAUAUCCAUCAUGGGGAAGCCCAGCCAAUUCUGCCGGACUAAUGCAGUCGGAUAUGUCCCAGUCUUGGUCUUCACCCCCCGCGAAUAACUGCUAUACAAAUGCCUUCAACAUAAAUGACUACCCAUCCAGGAGCUAUGCUCCAUGGCAGGCAGACCCUUAUCAAACCACAACCUCUCUUGGUUCUGAAAAAGACCCUUCACUGGCAGCUAUUCAUGGUGGCACAAUGUCACAUGUUACUUCAGAUUCAAGUUUGAUGUCUCAAUAUGUAUCUAGUUCUCUAAUGCUUGACAAUGGGGGGCAAAUGCACAAUGGAGGGCACCAGUAUGGGCUUAUGCAUCCGGAGGUCAGUGGAGACAGUGUUGAUGUGAGGAAAAACGAUCCCAGUAUAACAGACCAGCUGAGUAAUAACAACAGUAGCUCAACAGUUGAUAGCCUUCCUGGUGGAAGUUACCACACUCCAUAUGCUCAGAAUGCAAAUUCUAGUUUUACUCCAAGGUCAUCAUUGGACAUGUUUAUGAAGUAUCUGAGCCCAGAGGCCCAAGUUGCACUAAAAGCUACAACUGAAAUCACUAAAACGGAGAACAUGACAACCCCUGGUUAUGAUCAGAUUGACAAUUCUGUGGAUGGUAUGCUUAGUCCACACACAGCCAUUCACACUGAUUUCCCUUAUGAAGAGGACUCUAACAAUGUUGAAAAUGAAGUUAACCUUUCAGAUGAGAAGUUUGGUGAGUUGGAGGUGCCGAAAGGAAAACGAAACAGGCUAAGCAAGAGAACUAAAUGGCCAGCUAUCAUAAAGGAUGGCAAAGUCAUUUGCAGAAGAUGCUUUAGAGAGUUUACAAGCACCAAGUCUCUUGGAGGCCAUUUAUCAAAACGAUCACAAUGUAAGCCCUUAGAUGAAGUUGACCUGACAGCUGACCUGCCCACGUCAUUUCUUGAUUUUCUCAAUGACCCUCAUGUCCCUGAUACAAAUGGAACAAUAUACAACAUGUCAAAUGGAGAUUUCUCACAGGAAAGCUGUUGCCUGACCACUCUGACAUCCCAAGUGGAAAUGAAACAGGAACCCCAAAGUACAAUUACAUUGGACUCCUAUGCAUCAAACACUUUUUCCUCUGUUUGCACUGAAAACCAGCCCAGUCAAACAAAAUGUGAUCAAGCAGAGAAGGGUAUAGAAUUGGCUAAUCAAGCCCUCCCUGCAACUUACCAAGAGGAUCACUUAAUGGAAAUUUCAAAGGCUUUUCAACGGUUGGAUUUGAUUGAGGCUGCACAAGAGAAAAUGCGGGAAAACAUUGCCUUACAGCAAAAUGUUAGUUAUAGUGAUCCAAUCUCUGAUGUUGAAAAAAAUAAGGCGUUGAAAUCAAAAGAGAAAAAGGAUGACAAACAACGUGAAAAGCUUCUCAAGCCCUUCAAGUGUGAUCAAGAGGAUUGUGAGUAUUCCUUCAUGACAAAAGAGGCAUUAUUCAAACACCUGAGUAAGAUGCAUGAUUUUUCCCAUGAGAUGAUAGAGGAACUGAAAAGAACCCCACUCAAACUAUCGCCAUAUCAUUGUCAAAUCUGCUCCAAAACAUUUACCAGAACUACAGGUUUGAGAAUCCACUAUGAAAAAGUCCAUCGCUUAUCAAAAUCCGAGAUGCAGAGGCUAAAGAUUAGUGCUCGUAAUAGGCGUUCAUUCAGACUUUCCAAAAAUGAGGCAUAUAGCACCCGUGUAACCACUGAAGUUAAUACUAGUCGAAUGACAAAAUCUUUAUGUUCAGUACCUGCCAUAAAACAGGAGCCACUUGACUGUGCAAUUGAACCACAAAAAGACAAUGAGAACAUUUCCAGGCUUUCUGAAACCACCAUUGCAGGAGAUGCUGCAGAAGAGAGCCUCACACUUGAAGUAUCAACUGUUACACAACUGCCAUCACCUCAAAAUUAUUUGAGUGACAGGCCAUUGUGUGAGAUGACAAUACCAUCAAUGCCUGAGCAAGCCCCAGAGGAGCCUAAAGAAUCAGAAGUGAACCAAACACCUGAGUUGAAAGAGAAACUCAAGUGUGAGGUUGGCACAGUAUCAACGCAGCAAGGAAAAACGGAUACAUCAUCUUCAAGUAAUGUCAAAGAACCAGCCUCCAGACAGCCUGUUUUAUCAUCCCCAGAGAAACCAAGCAGUUCUAAAAACACACCAACAAAGGAUGAGCCUCAGAGGAGGGAGAGACCACAGAAGAAGUUGGGACUCAAAAUGUGUGAUGCAGACAAUACCUUCAGUCCAUAUAGACCAUAUCGCUGUGUCCAUGAAGGAUGCACUGCCGCUUUCACCAUUCAGCAAAAUCUGAUCCUCCAUUAUAGGGCUAUGCAUCAGGCUUCCCUGCCUGCAAGCAAACCAGAAAUUGAUAUUGAAAAGGUUGUUAUAAGUGAAGAAGAGAGCAUAAGCAAAGAUAAGGAGGUCAGGUGUCAUGUGAAAGAUUGUUCAAGAGUGUUCAUGGGAGUCACCAGGUUAGUGCAGCAUUACCUUUUACUUCACAAAUUUACCCGUGAUAAAGCCACUGCUAUGAUGGCCAACAUGAACGUAGGGACAUUCAAUUGUGACCGAUCAGAGUGCUCUCUCCCCUUUGACUCUGUGGACAAGUAUAUAGAGCACAUCAAGAAUUAUCACAAAGAAAUUGCCAUUUCUGAGAGUGGUACCGUGGAUACAACUUUCAAGUGUGAGUAUGAGGGAUGUGACCGUGUCUACACUACAAAAUCAAACCUCCUUCGCCAUCUAAUAAAAAAACAUGAUUACGUGUAUGAUCCUAAAAGCAGUGAUGGUAGAAGGUCCAGAUCAGUGGGACUGUUCUGUGGGAUCAACAAUGGGAAAGAGAAUGUGGAAAGCAAAUUCAAGGUAAAGAAGAAAAAUGCCAAGAAAAAAGAUGCCAAGUCCAUGGAGCAUUGGACAAACUUUGGAAAGCCCACACUGAAAUCCCAUGAAGAGGCAUCAGCCAUGUGCACCAAGAAAUCCUCCUUGCAGUACCCUUGCAUGAUCAUAGGCUGUGAUGCAGUGGAACGGGCUGAAAGGAACAUAUUUAAACAUUACGCCACUCAUGGCCUCACAGAGAGAUACAUUGAAGACCAGAGAAGUCAGUUCAUAUUCUGCAAAAAGUAUUCUCGGUCAAGGUUUAAAGAUGCAAACAAAUCAGAAGGCAUGUCAUCAAGCUCCUCUGAGGAGACAGAACUGGAAGAGAGUGAAACAGAAAGUGCAAUGACCAUUGGUCAGAAGACAGAGGAGACAAUGGAUAGAAUCAUUCAAGAUGACAACAAGUUGUCUAAUGAUGAAAGUUCAGAAUCUCAAGCUUCCACAGGGACAGAGGGGGGAAAUAAGAAGGGCCGUCCCAGAAAACCUGCACAUCCAACACCAGCUUGUUCGGAAAGGAUGCAGACUCUAAGGAAUCGUUCGACUGUUAACAGUUCAAGAGAAAACUCAAAUCCUGGUACACCUGCAGCUCAAGAACAGUGUGAUGAGGGAGUAAUGCCAGGGUCAUUCAAGCCUUUAGGACUCGAGGAUUCAUUCCUUAAGUUUUUGGAAACCUCGGAGUCGACUCACUCUUCCAAGCGAAAAUUAAGUGAUAGAUCUAGUCUUGAGUUGCCGUCCAAAAGGCAAUAUACUCUUAAACAAAAAUCUAUUAAGAGUAAACUUUGUGACGAAUUAAGUGACUGUGAAAAUCUCGUAGACUUCAGAAACCCCCUCAAUCUCAAGUCAGUGAGCAAUGUUAAGAUUGUUAUGGAUAAAACUUUUUCAGAUGGUGCUGACCUUUUGCUAAAGCAGCUACAAGAUAUGAGGCCGAUAGUUAUAAUAAAAAAGUGGCUUUAUAGUGGAUCAUAGCCUGAUGUUAUAUUUUCAACUUAUUCUCACUCAGGAUUUGAGAAAGUAACAUGCUGCAGAAUGGUUUGUUGUUAGUGCAUCAGAUUUCCAGCUAUUCACAGUUGUGGUCACGGCUAAAGAUGAAAUGGCCUAUUUUGUACUUAUAAAAUAUACGUCUUGGAUGAUUUUAAGUAUGUAUGUUAGUUAUAAUAACCAGGUAAUCUAUAGGGCAUAGAUUUUAGAAACAUGUUUGUAUUUAUGAUGCUUAGUAUUGAAGAUGUUUUUUUUUCUUUUGCUAAAUUGAGACUUUUAAAGAAAAUCUAUGUUUUUAUAUAUCCCUAUGGGAUUUCAAGUUUUGUUUGUAUUUAUUUCAUCCUUUUUAAACACUAGUAGGCCUAUCUGUAAUAUUUACAUGUCUUCCACAAAGUGUUCAAUAAAAUGUAACUGGUCCUUUUCUAAAAUUCAGUCUGCAGAUCUUUUGUAUUGCAUGUAUCCUUAGUUAUUUAUCACCAAUCUUUUUUUUUUGU